CUCACAAGGACUACUCUAUGUUGAUAAUCAAAAAGUCAGACGGAAUCGGAUUGUAUUGAUCGGUCAGGGUUACUUACUCAUCAUAAUUUGAAUUUCUCGAAUACGCUACCUCAGUCUGACUUUGUUUUAGUAUUUAUUGAGAAGUUUUAUAACUGAAAUAAAACCGAAAUGGCGACUGAAACUUUAAUCCCAUUAGAAUCAAACCCCGAGGUUAUGAAUAAGUUUUUGCAGAAAUUGGGAGUACCUAGUCAAUGGGGUAUCGUAGAUGUUAUGGGCUUGGAACCUGAAAUGCUGUCGUGGGUUCCCCGUCCCGUGCUUUCUGUCAUGCUCCUCUUCCCGGUUUCCGAUGCUUACGAAGAACAUAAACAAAAGGAAGAAAGCGAUAUUCUAUCGAAGGGACAAGAAGUUUCAAGCAGUAUUUUCUAUAUGAAACAGUUCCUAAGUAAUGCUUGCGGCACUGUGGCACUUGUGCACAGUGUUGCCAAUAAUACUGAUAAAAUAGAGCUGGCUGAAGGACACAUGAAGAAAUUCUUAGAUGAAGCCAAAGAUAUAGAUGCUUCUGCUCGAGGAAAAUUGUUAGAAAAGUCUGAAGGUAUUAUCACUGCCCACAAGGAAUUGGCCCAAGAGGGACAAACCAAUACUCCCAGUGCUGAGGAGCCUGUCAACCAUCAUUUUAUAACAUUUGUUCAUAAGGAUGGGUCUCUAUAUGAAUUAGAUGGCCGCAAGGCUUUCCCUGUUAAUCAUGGCCCUACUACACCUGAUUCUCUACUAGAAGAUGCUGCCAAGGUGUGCAAGGAGUUCAUGGCUCGUGAUCCCAAUGAAGUACGCUUCACAGUUAUUGCAUUGGCAGCUUCUGACUAAUGUAUUGUUGUAUAGAGUUGAGCUCUCUACAGCAUUUUGCAGGCUGUAGUUUAUAAUGAGCCGUGCUUCUUAUUCAAGCUUAAAAGUAUUCUGACGUUUGAUACUAAAAGGUGCAAUGUAAGCUUUUGUGAUACAAUAUAAAGUAUUUAUUUUGAAAUAAACUUCAUAAAAAAGUUAAA